AAAACCCUAAGUUGCUCUUCUCCUACUCUCUUCUCCAAUUCUCAUCUCGCAAAACCCUAGCCGCUCUCCUCUGAAGCCGUGACAGAGAAGAGAUCAUGGUCCACGUCUCCUUCUACAGGAACUAUGGGAAGACUUUCAAGAAACCCCGACGCCCUUAUGAGAAGGAGCGUUUGGAUGCUGAGCUUAAAUUGGUUGGUGAAUAUGGGCUUCGUUGUAAGAGGGAGCUAUGGAGGGUUCAAUACGCACUGAGCCGAAUUCGUAACAAUGCACGUAUGCUUUUAACACUCGACGAAAAGAACCCACGUAGGAUUUUUGAGGGAGAGGCGCUGCUGAGGAGGAUGAACAGGUACGGUCUUUUGGACGAGAGCCAGAACAAGCUUGAUUAUGUCUUGGCUCUUACUGUGGAGAAUUUCCUUGAGCGUCGUCUCCAAACUCUUGUGUUCAAGUCUGGUAUGGCAAAGUCUAUCCACCAUGCUAGAGUUCUCAUCAGGCAGAGGCAUAUAAGGGUUGGGAGGCAGGUGGUUAACAUCCCUUCUUUCAUGGUGAGGGUUGAUUCUCAAAAGCACAUUGACUUCUCUCUCACAAGUCCGUUCGGAGGUGGACGCCCCGGAAGAGUGAAGAGAAAGAACCAGAAGGUGGCUGCCAAGAAGGCUGCUGGUGGAGAUGGAGAUGAGGAAGAUGAAGAUUGAGUUAUUGACUAAACUUAAUCAUAUGCGAUGAUUAAGAUUAGCCAAAAAUCUCAGGUAACUGAGAUUAACCUCGAUUCCUCAUCAAGAUAAAUCUUAUCUAUCACUAUUUAUGAGAAUGUCACAUCUUCUAGAAGUUUUGCUUUAACUAUUUUUCAUUUAGAGGACUGGUUUGUUUUUUGGUGAUGAGGAGACUAGUUUAUAAUUCUGGCCCAAGCUUCUCUUUUGUUUUAGUUGCCAUAGUUUUAAUGCAAUGAUAUGCACUAUUUGAAAGACUCAUUUUUUACUCAA